GGGUGGAAGAAACAACGUAAUGCGUUUAACAUUUUUGUGAACGGCUACGAUGCACGAGAGAUGAAGGCGUUCUUUGCGUGGCAGGAGCGUAAUUUGCUACGUGGCUCGCAGGGAAGCGGUGAGGGUAGAGCAGAGCUUGAGGAGAGAUGGCAGAGGAUGAAGGACCGUAUUUGUGUGGUUGGACCGCUUCCUCGCUACGUUUUUGAUGAGAACAAUUACUCAGGGCGCCGUAGCGCAAUUAACUCAGCGCUGUUCAACACGUCUGACGCAGACUUGGGGCGCUUUGCAAAAAAAAUGUUUGGCAACGCUGAGUGGGGCGAGGACGGGACCGCGGACAAGCUGAUCAAGGUGGUGCGUGUGUUGGAGGAGGAGCGCGUGGUGAGGGAUGCGUCGGUGGUGGUGAGGCCCAAUGCGGGGAAUGGAGGGGACGCGGAAAGCUGCAGGAAUUUUCCCGUUUCAGUUGAGGCCAAAAAGAACAUUGCGGAGGCGGGUGCUAAUGAAGAACUUUAA